CUUGCAGCUAUCUAAGCUGUCUCCCCUCUCCUCUCUUUGUCGUCGCCUUCCGAGCCACAGCGACGCUUCUUGAGUUUUUGCUUUUUACCUCGAUCUCUCCGUUUACUUCUCUGUCACCGCCGUCAGCCAAGCGCGCGUGAACCAACCACAAUCCGGCAGAUCUGGAUCUCUCCGUCUCAACAAUUGCUGCCCUUUUUCCCUUCUGUGUCUUCAAGGCUGUUGAACUCAGAUGCUUUCUACCUCUCUCUCCCUCUCUCGGAUCGUAGCUGUCUAAAUAUAUAUACAUAUAUAUACAUAUAUAUAGUCAUAGGUACUUUUUAGUGAGUGUGUCAAGAGUUCAGGAGACACUGUUUCUUCUUCAGACACAGCUUCCCUCUGUACAGCAGACUUUCUUCUUUCUUGCCGUCGCUGUCCUCGUUUACCUUUCUCCCUUUCCUCUUCUUCAGGAUUCCCUCGCUUCCUCGUUAUUCGAACUCGGCCUCGAGACUCGACUGUCGUUUUCGCUUGCUGUGCUUCAUCACCAGUUGUCUUUCUUCUGCCUUCGCUUCCAUUGGUAUCUCACACGCUCUCCCUUUUCCAUCCAUCGGUCUGCUCAUCUCUGUUUCUGUCCGUUUCUGUCUGCUUUCUCUCUCUCUGUGGAACUCUCCUUCUUCGCUCUUUGUCUCUCUCUCGAGAACGUUCUCUCCGCGCUUCUGGCUCUUCUGGACCUCGCGCCUUUCCUUCGUUCUUUCCGCGAGAAGUCUCCUUUCUUCUGCUGCUCUUCAACGACUAACGCGCGUCAAAAGGCCGGUACACCGAGCGAGCAACCAACCUCGCUCAAACCAACUUUUCAAACGUCUUCUCAGGAGCUCUGCAGGCGGCGCUCUGCUAGCACGGGUGGAGACUCGGAGACUUCCUCUGACCGCGACAUGGAAGAAAAGGCGCUGCGCCAAGGCAUUCUUGAAAAAGCAAGCAAAGAUGUGACGACGUGGAAGGCACGACGCUGCUUGUUGCGCCCAGAGGCUCUCUGGUAUUCCCUGACAGCAGACGAUGACUAUCAUUCUUCCUGUUCUUCGGCAUCCUUUUCGUCCUCCUCUCCUCCCUCUUCUCCCCCUUCGUCUCCCCCGUCUUCUCCGCCUUCGUCUCCUUCCUCUUCUUGUUCUGAGCCUCGACUCUUUGCGUCUGUUAGGCCUCGAGGGAGGUGGACGUUGAUUCCGUUAAGAGACUGUGUCCAGCUCGUAGCGCCUCCCCACGACGCAUGCAGUUUCCUGCUGCAGACGCGAGAGCGGUCGCACUACUGGAGAACAAAGUCUCAAACGGAACGCGACGCUUGGCUGCUCGCUUUAGCAACGCAGUGCAUCUCUGUUCGCGAAGGCGACUUGUUAAGAGACAUCGAGUGCCGAAUUUGUGAGGGAGAGGAGCGACAAGCUUCGGCAAUGCUCCAGUCACUGAAAAGCGCGUACCGGUUGGAGGGAACGCUCGCAUUCAGCGAUACGAAGGAACUCCUUGAAGGCUUUGUUGUCGAUUUCUAUCGCACCUUGUCUGAUCGAAGAGAGAAGCAAUGCGGAGCGGAGGAACGCGAGGGCAAGAACCGAGAAGGGGAGGCAAGCGAUGGGAAGGAAAGGAUGAAGGAGGCAGAAGAAAACCGACACUCUGAAGACGAGGAUGAGAGUCCGUUUUUGGCGGCAACCGAGGACUCCACUCCUCCGAAGUACCCCCUCGAGCAAGUUCUGGCGUUCAUUCGAUCCUACGACCCGCGCGACAGUGUAAAAACCGGAGGCGGCGCGGAGCAGGAAGGAGGACGCGGAGAGACAGCAGACGCCCCAGCGGCGCAGAACGCCGAGAGAGAAGACUGGGGAGGAACUGCCAAGCCAGCAACCGAAGCAGAGGGAGAAGCGGAACGCGCAGAGCGAUGGAAAAGAAAAGAAAUCCGAGACUGGCUGGACGCCGUUGUCUUUCCUCGCUUCGUGGGUUCUCCAAUCAUUCAGCGAAGAAUCGCGCAGCUCACGGCGUCGCGGACAGUCGUCAGCUGGGGCUGCGACCCCCUUAGGAGUCCGCUGCUCUGCUCCAUCGAGCACACUGGGGGAUUCUCGCGAUAGAAGUGAGAGAAAAUCCAGAAAAAAAAGAGGAAAGAGAACUGAAGCGCCUGUCGCAGGAAUACACGAUCUGAAAUGGAUGCGUUACGUUCUUCAACUCUUCAAGAGUGUCACAAAACGUUUCCAGCCACACACAUUAUUUUUCGGCGUCGCAGACCGUCCCUGAGGCCUGCUACAGCCUCAGGAUGAGAUGCGACGACGUAGGACCUUGAGUCAGUGCGGAGCUCGGGGAAAAGCGAUUCUGAUUUCCGACUCUGUCUCUGCUUUUUUCGUGCAUCGCUUCCCCUCUCGUGUCAGGCGGCUUUCCCCCUCGAGGCGGGAUGCCUUCUUUCCCUUGCUCAGUCUGUCGCGUGAUUCGAAUCCUUUGAAAACUUGAAACAAGCGGUCUUCAGUGAGACAGAGGAGAAGGCAAGCCUCUGAAUCUAAGGUGCCUCCUGUCGAUGGACUUGGUAGACGUUAACCAAGUACGCACGCAAGACUUCGCGCGUAUACUCGCGUAGGCAUAGAGGCACCCGACUCUGUGGGACCCGUCCGUUUUAGGAGGCGUCUGUGUAUCUGUCUGCGUGAGCAACCUUUGAGCAGCAGUCGAGGGAAUACAGCUUUUUGCAGUCUUUUAAUUAGAUUCCUCGAAGCCUUCUCCAAGACUGUGUCACAGUCCUCUCAAGCAACACGGACGUCGCUACCGGGGAGAAGGCAGGUAGAUGAAGCAGGUGAAGUGGAUCUGUAUGCAAGCAGUGGAGACUCCUGACCAACGAGUACCCGUAGAGGGCAAAAAACUACAGAACGCGAAUAGUUUUAAGAAGGACUGCGAUCCUAGAUAAGCCGAACACGACGAGUUUUUCUGUGUGUGAGUGAUGAGUGCAGCCAUACACUACACAUCGCGUAGUGUAUGUGUAACGCCGAAGCCUCCGUUGGUCAUAAAAAUCAUGGAUACAUCUACCUGCAGGCGGCGCAGGAAUGUCAUUUAACUGCAGUGAAAGAUCGUUUCGAGUGUCAGCAGCUCUCGGGAUGCGUUUCGUCCUUUCUGUCGCUCGAUUCUCCCCCAGUCGUGCACUCCCCAGGAUAGUUCUUUGUGCGUUAACUUCUACACAGACAUGGCGGUGUCUGUCUUCGG